CAGACGGAUCGACAGUGAUAGCUGAAGCGCGCUCCCGGUGCGCGCCGCGGUUCCAGCGGGAGCGCAUCAGAGGCUUCAUUAGAGAUCUGCAAACUUCCGCCGGUUGAAGGUGGGUCAAGUCACAGAGAGAGAAAGAAGUUUGCUUUUGAAAUUUCUGGAGACAACAGCGACGCCAAAGUGGAUCUCGUCUCUGGCUGUUUGAUCUGGAUCGACGUUGUGACAGUGGCUGCUUGCGGCGGAAAGAAAAAAAGAAAUACAAAUUAAAAAAAAGAAAAAACAGCGUGGCUUUUGACGCUCUGAGAUAAAACGACGACAAUGUGUUUUUUGACAAUCAAUUUUUAGGCUGUGAACCUUUUUUUGUCUCCAUGUUCCCAUGUUUUCCAUUCUGAAAAAUUCAAGUAUCUAAAACCGGACGAGUUGCUCUGAAACUGUGGGAAAGAAAACAUCCUGUUUCAUCGCGAUGGACUACACUGAUUGAAUUUCGUCAUUAAAUGGACUUAAAUUUCUUCUUUUGAAGAGCAGCGUCGGAAAGUACCAAGUUUGUGCAAGGAAGCGGGAAGGAGAUGACACCCAGCCCUUUAUUCCUGGUCCUCAUUCUGUCGCUUACAAACAGCAGAGCAGAGAAUGCUGAGGAGCGGCUGGUGAACCACCUGCUGGGACCGGAGCGCUACAACAAGCUGAUCAGACCUGCGGUGAAUAAGAGCCAACAGGUCACCAUCUCCAUACAGGUUUCUCUGUCGCAGCUCAUCAGUGUCAAUGAGAGGGAGCAGAUCAUGACCACCAAUGUGUGGCUGUUUCAGGAAUGGAAUGACUACAGACUGAGAUGGGACCCGGGAAAAUAUGAAGGCAUCAAAAAGCUGCGAAUCCCUUCCAAAAUGAUCUGGCUUCCUGACAUAGUGCUUUACAACAAUGCCGACGGAGUGUACGAAGUUUCCUUCUACUGCAACGCCGUGGUCUCCAACACGGGCGACAUCUUCUGGCUCCCCCCAGCCAUCUACAAGUCCGCCUGCUCCAUCGAGGUGCAGAACUUCCCCUUCGAUCAGCAGAACUGCACGCUCAAGUUUCGCUCCUGGACGUACGACCACACGGAGGUGGACCUCAUCCUCACCAGCGACUUCGCCAGCCGGGACGACUUCACGCCGAGCGGGGAGUGGGACAUCGUCUCGCUCCCGGCACGUAAAAACGAGGACCCCAGCGACAUCACGUACCUCGACAUCACUUACGAUUUCGUCAUCAAGAGGAAGCCUCUGUUCUACACCAUCAACCUGAUCAUCCCGUGCGUGCUGAUCACGUCGCUGGCCAUCCUGGUGUUCUACUUGCCUUCGGACUGCAGGGAGAAGAUGACGCUGUGCAUCUCGGUGCUGCUGGCCCUCACCGUGUUCCUGCUCCUGAUAUCGAAGAUCGUGCCGCCCACCUCUCUGGCGGUGCCACUCAUAGGCAAAUACUUGAUGUUCACCAUGGUGCUGGUCACAUUCUCGAUCGUCAGCACGGCCUGUGUCCUCAAUGUGCAUCACCGCUCCCCGUCUACUCACUACAUGCCAGACUGGGUCAAGCACCUCUUCUUGGUUCGCCUCGCGACCUUCCUGCUCAUGAGACGCCCGGGUUCCUCCAGCAUCCACAAUAAACUCCGCAAAAGGCUCUCCAGCAGGAGCCCCGUCAGCAAAAGCAGCUUCCACAGCGGCGCAGGCAGGAGGCAGCACUCCGACGCCAGACUGGGAGGAAUCCCCACAGACUGCAACUCUUUCUACGUCAACGAGGACUCGGCGUACAACUGCUGCUGGAAGACGGGCGACGCCCGGGACUCCCCCGACUUUGGGAGGCCGACAGCGGCGCAGCUGGAUGCAGAGCUGGAAGAAGCAGUGGAUGGAGUGAAAUACAUCGCUGAACACAUGAAGAUGGAAGACGGCAAUGAAGGGAUCAUUGAGGACUGGAAGUACGUUGCCAUGGUGAUAGAUCGCCUCUUUCUCUGGAUCUUCAUCCUGGUGUGUGUGGUGGGAACUCUGGGACUCUUCAUGCAGCCUCUCUUCCAGAGCUACAACACGCCCGCAGCUGAUGACACAGAAUAUGGAGACUUCUAGGAUUUCUGUGGCGCAGAAGAGAAAACAGUCGAAUCAGCAUCAAAAGCUGAACACUUGUCAAACAUAAUUCGGCUGCUGCUGGUCAGAUCUGAUGUGCAUUCGGCCUGACCGGGGCAGCCUGCUGCACUUGUUGAAUUUGCAACGUUGGACUUUAAAUGCGAACCGGUGCUUGUGCGAGGAUUGAAGCAGCUCGAUCGCACCUCCAAGAGGAACGACAGAUUUUACAACCCUCUUCUCUGUCCAGUUGAUGAACACACCUGCACGACUACUUCAGGACAAAUUUUGAUGUUUUUGAACCACUGUGAAAGUUUGGACUGGGUUCAAGUCAAAGACAGACUGGUAUAUUCACACUGAGGCUCUUGUGAAGCCAUCUGCUGCGCUGUUCAUAUGGAGACUCUCUGAACACGUAAGCAGCGGAUAGUUAUUUCUCCUCUACUCACUCCAUUCAAACCAAUAUUUACUGACGCACAACUGGAACACUGUCUUUUUCACCUUUCUUUCUUUCUUUCUUUCUUUCUUUCUUUCUUUCUUUCUUUCUUUCUUUCUUUCUUUCUUUCUUUCUUUCUUUCUUUCUUUCUUUCUUACAAAACUAUUAUUCCACCGUCCCCUUAGAGAGCACUUCAUUUCCAUCGUCUGUCCUACUUUGGAUGUUACUUGUUCUGCUGUUGGUCUCCGUCGCUGGGUUUUUUUUUUUUUCUUUUUUUUUUUUUUUUUUUUUUGUCUGUCUUAUUUUUUUCUGACAUGCUAUAUCAAAAAUCCUGUCAGACAAACUUGGAGAGGACUCAGGAAAACUUCCCCGAAAGACUACAUGACAAAAAGUGCUGGAAACAUGCUGGAAGCUGAUUUGUGAUUUGGGGUCACUUUCUUCAGAUUGAACUGGGUUUUUCCUCAAGGUGGAUGAAACCCAAUCAAGUUGUUUUUUUUUGUUGUUGUUUUUUUUUACCCAACAUUACAGAUUUUAGCCAGCGAGCUUAGGAAUGAGCAACUUUAGCUUUCAGGCUCACAGAGACUGAACGUAUACAUCCAAACAAAAGUGAUGUGUCUGUCAUCUGACAGAGAUAGAAAACCUGAAAGGUGGCGUGAGGGACUGCUGCCAAAUCAGGAUGUUUCACAUCUA